AAUACAAUCCAAGCCCAGACAGACAGUUAAACAAAGGCACAGUUAUAAAGUUAUAACCAUUAUCAAUUUAUAAGCUAUUAGGUCUUUACAGAUAUGAUAAUAUCAUAAUGACAGAUCAUAAUAACAAGGUGAAUAGUAAACAUGAUGAGGAUCCAUUCUCUGACGAGAAUAACUUACUUUUCAAUCGAGAUUCUCAUGUGACACCAUUGAUUACAACCAAUACCAUUCAUGAUACAACCACUCCUGCAACUUUGAUUCCAAAGAUUGUUAUUCAGGAUAUGGCUAGACCGUCUUCAGAAAAGCGAGAGAUGACAUAUGAUGAUGAAGAAGAGGGAGACGGGGAUGACGAUGAAGAUGAUGAUUUGUAUGAUCCUAUAAAAUUCAAUACUUCACAGCAACAUUCCCAUUCAUCCACUUUACUUGGUUCAUCAUCUACUUCAAGUACUGAAUUCAUGGAUGAUUUUGGUAAUUCAUACAGUCAUAUCAACUUCCAUACCAAACAAUACACGUCAAACUUGAAAUUUAAAGGAACAUUUCUCGUUUAUUUCACAUCAGCAUUCGUUUCUUUAUUUGUAUCAUUAUUCGGAUAUGAACAAGGAGUAUGUUCUGGUAUUCUUACCUUUCGAACUUUCAAUCAUUAUUUCGAUUAUCCCUCUAAAUCAGAAAUAGGUCUUGUUAUUUCAAUCUUAGAAAUUGGGGCUAUGAUAUCUUCUUUGUUAGUGGCUAAAAUGUCUGAUAUGAUUGGAAGGAAGAGAACCGUUUUAGUGGGGACAUUUAUUUUCAUAAUUGGUGGGAUAUUGCAAUCAUUCGCUCCUAAUUUAUGGGUAUUUGGAGUGGGAAGAGUAUUUUCAGGAUUUGGAGUUGGGAUCUUAUCUACUAUUGUCCCAUCCUAUCAAUGUGAAAUUAGUCCAAGUGAAGAAAGAGGCAAAUUAGUAUGUGUGGAAUUCACGGGUAAUAUUGUGGGGUAUUGUCUUUCAGUUUGGGUGGAUUAUUUUAGUUAUUUCAUUCAACCUUCUAAUCCUGAAGAAUCUAAAUUCUGGUCAAAUGUAAGUUGGAGAUUACCUUUAUUCAUUCAAGUCUUGAUUGCUAUUAUAUUAUUAAUCGGAGGUUUUUUCAUUGUUGAAUCUCCAAGAUGGUUAUUGGAUGUAGAUCAAGAUCAACAAGGUUUGAAUGUAUUAGCCUUAUUAUAUGAUUCUCAUCCCGAUGAUGAUAAACCUCAAAAGGAAUUCUUCAUGAUCAAAAAUUCCAUCUUACAAGAACGUAUCUUAAUUCCUAAAUCAGAAAGAAGUUGGAAAAAUAUGUUUAAAAAUUAUAGAUCUCGUAUCUUCAUUGGAUGUUCUGCGUUAGGAUUUGCUCAAUUAAAUGGGAUUAAUAUUAUUUCAUAUUAUGCCCCAUUAGUAUUUGAAGAAGCUGGAUUUAAUGAUUCUUACGCGUUAUUAAUGACAGGUAUAAAUGGGAUAAUCUAUCUUUUAAGUACGAUUCCACCUUGGUUUAUCGUGGAUAAAUGGGGAAGAAAACCGAUCUUAAUCAGUGGUGGACUUUCAAUGGGGAUUUGUCUUUCAUUAGUAUCGUUAAUCAUGUGGUUAAAUAAAUCAUAUACUCCUACUAUGGUGGCGGUAUUGGUUAUAAUUUAUAAUGCAUCAUUUGGAUAUAGUUGGGGACCGAUUGGAUUUUUAAUCCCCCCUGAAGUUUAUCCAUUGGCGAUUAGAGCUAAAGGGGUAUCAUUAAGUGUGGCGACUAAUUGGUUAGCGAAUUAUAUUGUGGGACAAUUAACUCCUAUUUUACAAGAACAAAUUGGGUGGAAAAUGUAUUUAUUACCGGCUUCAAGUUGUAUUAUAAGUAUCUUUGUGGUUAUUUGGUUUUAUCCUGAGACUAAAGGAGUUGAAUUGGAAGAUAUUGAUCAAUUGUUUGUUGAAUUUUAUGGUGGAUCUAUAAAAGCAACUGAUACUACUCGAUAUGAACCUGUAUUUGAUGCUCAACAAGAAGCAAGAGAUGGAGGAGGAGAUGAUGAUUUCGAAUUAGAUGAAUUUGAUUAUGAUAACGAUAACGAACCAUUACAGACUAGAAGAAUGUUAUAGAUUAAGUGUAUUAAUUAAAAAUUAUUCCAGACCUACCAAUAAAUAAA